AUGGUUUCCUUGACUCCUGAGGUGCUUGCUGCUAUGCCUUGGGGUACAUUCAGGGAAAAGUUUUUGGAAGAAUAUGUGGGUACACAUGAGUUAAGGUUGAUCAAGAAGGAAUUCAGGGCUUUGACUGCUAAGCCAGGUGCCAUAGGUGACUAUCGUGGCCUCUGUAGGCAACAUACUACAUUGUCUGCUUCUAUCAAGGAGUCUAAGAGAUUGGAUGAUGAUUUUAAGUCUAAAAAAGUGGCUACAAAAGAUGAUGAUAAGAAGUCCAGGUUCAAGAGAAGGUUUAAUGGGUCUUCAAAUUCAGAAAAACGGUUUAAAGGAGGUUCUUCCUCCCAUAAGGAUGAUAAGAAGAUUGCUCCAUGGUGUUCAGCUUGCAAGGCCCCACACAACGGGUCAUGUUCUGAGAAGACAAAGAGAUGUGACAAGUGUGGUAUGACGGGCCAUGCUACCUCAGUUUGUAAGGAUAAGACUCGUUGUUACAGGUGCCAGGAGACGGGCCAUUUGAUUGCAGAUUGUCCUGUGAAGAAGAAAGAAGAUGAGAAGAAGAAAGAUCAGCCCAAAGCUAAGUCUUGUGCCUUUCAGAUGACUACCGACCUUGCAAAGGAAAAUGAUGAGGUAAUAAGUGGUACUUUUCUUGUUAAUUCAAAACCUGCUUCUGUUCUUUAUGAUUCGGGUGCAAAUAGUGAUAUCCGUGUGGGUUAUGAUGAUUGUUCUAUCGAGAUUGAGGGUCAUUCCUUUCCGGUCCAGUUGUUGCCUACUACAUUUGCUGGUUUUGAUAUAGUGAUAAGCAUGGACUGGUUAUCACAAAAUGAUGCUACCAUUAUAUGUUCUCAAAAGAUCGUGCGUUUCUCUUCUCUGGAUGGUAAGGUCAUUUCUGUUUAUGGAGAUAAGAAGAAAGGGAGCAUAAAGAUCAUUAAGUUGAUGAAGGCUCUCAAUUGCAUUCGGCAUAAUAAGAAUCACUUUCUUGCUUAUGUUAUUGAUACACGAAAGGAAAAGUCUUCUAUCUCUAAUGUUGAUGUGGUUUCUGAAUUUUCUGAUGUCUUUCCAGAUGCUCUUCCCAGUAUUCCUCCCGAUCGUGAGGUCACUUUUCAGAUUGAUCUUGUACCCGGUGCCAUUCCUGUUGCAAAAGCACCGUAUUGUUUAGCUCCUAUAGAAAUGAAAAAGUUAAUGUCUCAGCUUCAAGAGCUACUUGACAAAGGUUUCAUACAACCAAGUUCCUCGCCUUGGGGAGCUCCGCUCCAUGGUGCUUCCUACUUCUCUAAGAUCGAUUUACGGUCCGGUUAUCAUCAAUUAAAGGUCAAAAGGGAAGAUGUAGCCAAGACAACUUUUUGUACACGUUAUGGGCACUAUGAGUUUCUUGUCAUGCCAUUUGGGUGGACAAAUGCUCCAGCCGCUUUCAUGGAUUUAAUGAAUCGGUCUAAAGAAAAGCACCGUGAGCACUUAAGAGCCGUUCUUGAGGUUCUUAGGGAGAAGAAGUUAUAUGCAAAGUUCUCAAAGUGUGAAUUCGGGCUUCGAGAAGUACAAUUUCUCGGGCAUGUCGUCUCUUCUGAAGGUAUUAAAGGUGAUCCCGCAAAGAUUGAAGUUGUCUCUAAAUGGGAACAGCCAAAGACACCUACGGAAAUCAAGAGUUUUCUUGGUUUAGCAUGCUACUACCGAAGGUUCAUUCAUGAUUUCUCUCGUAUAACUAAGCCCAUGACAGAAUUGACAAAGAAAGGGGUGAAGUUCGUGUGGGCUGAAGCUCAAGAAAAGGCUUUUCAAACAUUAAAGACCAAGUUAUGUGAAGCUCCAAUCCUUGCCUUACCCGAAGGUACCGAUGAUCUUGUUGUUUAUAGUGAUGCUUCUAUUUCAGGUUUGGGUUGUGUUCUCAUGCAAAGGGACAAGGUUAUUGCCUAUGCCUCACGUCAGUUAAAGCCUCAUGAAAAGAACUACCCGACCCAUGAUCUAGAGUUGGCUGCUGUGGUGUUUGCUUUGAAGUUGUGGAGGCAUUAUUUGUAUGGCACUAAGUGUACUUUGUACACCGACCACAAAAGUUUGCAAUAUGUGUUCACACAAAAGUAA